AUGAUCCAUAAUCAUGUGGCCCUCCCUACCUUACCUUCUCACUCCCUCCCCUUCUUGAGCUGUGUUUUUCCCCCUGCCCCUCCCCCUCCCCCUCCCCCUCUGCCCCCUCCCCCCCAUCAGGAGAACAACUGUCCUCCGGAGGUUCUUCGAUGUAACAUGGAUUCGCUGAACUCCAUGGCGCGUGGGGGGGGCGGGGGAUGGGGGGGAAAGGAGGUGAGGGGGCCGAGGGGGUUGGAAGGGAGGUAA